AUGUCUUUGUUUAACUUGAAUAGAAAAAGGAGCAAGGUUGUGGCUCAUACUAAGAAAAGGAAGGAAGCACCUUCAAGUGACUCUGAGUAUGAUGUCGAACAGAAAGUUCAAGACAUCACGCCUCUAAAGAAAGAUGUUGGGAAAAAGGUCACUGCUAAUGUGCCUGAAGUUCCCAUUUACAACAUCUCUUUUCACUCUGUUGAGAAUGUUGAAAAAUGGAAGUUUGUGUACCAAAAGAGAUUGGCUUUGGAAAGAUAUCUUGGGAAGGAUGCCCUUGAAUGUAAGGAGGUAGUAAGUCUUAUUGAGAAUGCGGGAUUAAUGAAGAGUGUUGAUGGUUUUAACAAGUGUUAUGAGAUGCUUGUAAAGGAGUUCAUUGUGAACAUUCCUACGGAUUGUGACAAUAAGAAGAGUAAGGAGUACAAAAAGGUGUAUGUGAGAGGUGUGGAGUUUUCUCCUGAGGUGAUUUACAGGUUUAAGGGAAGGUGUGAGGAUGAGCAGGCUGAAGUAGAAGUAACUGAUAACACUAUAUAUAAAGAAAUCAUUGUCAAACAUGUGUCACAAUGGUCAAGAAAGGGCAAGCUAUCAGAUAGCAAGUUGAGUGUGAAGUAUACUGUGAAAAUGCCUAUUGUUUUUCCCUCUCUAAUUUGUGGAAAAAUUCUGAGUCAGCACCCUGGGAUCUUGAUCAGUUCUGAUGCAACAAGUAAGAGGGAAUCUCUUAUAUCCUUAAAUUAUAGGUUAUUCGCAGGGACACAUGUCCCACACAUUGUCAUGCCAUCUGGUAAGGAAACUGUAGCUCAACCUCAAAGGAUGAGAAUGUUGAUGCAGAUGUUGCUACUGAAACAUUUUCCAGUUCUGACAUUUGAUAUGUUUUUCUCUGCUACUUCUAUGGUUGUUUGUCAAUUUUUGGCUAAAAACGGGGAGUAG